AUGGCAGGAGCAGAGGUGCAGGAAAAUGUCUCACCUGAGUGUGAGCAGUUCCUGUACAUGGGCACACUGCCACGAGGGCUUGAGGACCAGCCUUUUAAAAAGAUCUGCCAGGUCUACCAAGGAAAACCACGGUUUGUGACUCUGUACGACACCUUCAACCAUAUCCCUGUUUAUUCUGCGUACACCUUCAAGCGCUCAGAUGGCUCUAAGAAGGUUGAUGUACCUUGGAUGUAUGAACCACAGCUGUCCACAGUGUCUGGCUCCCGAGAGAUGCAGCAGCUCCCUUCAGAAAAUGUUCAUAAGAGAUUUGAAGAUGCUCAGGCUGUCCUUGAUGACUACUCUGAUUCUGUGAUCUUUGAGCGUGGUCAACUAAAUCCAGAUGAGCACCAGGCCGACCUUGAUGACAAAGCGGCCACCUACACUCUGACAAAUGUGGUUCCUCAGGUCCGAGAGUUCAACAUUGGUCCCUGGAGAAAUCAUGAGCACACCAUCCGCCGACGGCUCAACAACUACUGCCAUGGUACAGCUUACUUGGUCACUGGGGUCACCACCUCGGGGCACACAAUUCGCCGCCAGAACAUCAACCGCCUGGGUAUCCCAACCUACCUCUGGUCGGCCUAUUGCUGCAUUGACUUUGACCACAAUGCACCUUACUCUGAGCGCUCCAAGUUUCCUGCAUUUGCAGCUCACGGGCUCAAUGACCGGGAGAAUAAUAAGGUUCAGGAGAUGACUGUGCAGCAGCUAGAGGACUUCCUCAAGAGGGUAACUUAUGUUGGCAGCACUUUCCAGAUAUUCUAUGACAACUGUGUGCCUCGUAAUAGUGCCAACAGUGCCCUGCACCUGCCUUAAAGACAAAGAUGUCAUAUGGUAUAGCUUCAU